AUUGGUUCCAGCAACAUGGAGGAUGAUGUCAGCUUGAAGUUCCGUCAGCAGCUUCUGCACAUUGACGAAAAUCUGGUGGCUGAAGAUGUAGCAGCUUUAAAAUUUCUCUGUAUUGACUUGCUCCCCUUCAAAAAACUAGAAAGUGUGAAGUCAGCAGUGGACAUCUUUCAGCUUCUCAUGGCUGAAGAAUAUCUGAAUGAGGAAGAUACUUUCCUACUAGCUGAACUCUUAUACAGAAUUAAAUGUCACUCCUUGCUCAAGAAACUUGGUUAUACCAAGGAGAAAGUGCAAGAAUGUCUGCAUGAGAAGGGAAGAGUGUCUCCGUACAGGCAGAUGCUGUAUGAAUUGUCAGAGAACAUUACCAAUGAGAUGUUGAAGGAUAUCAUCUUCCUCCUGCAAAACUGUCUUCCAAAGCGACGGAUAACUCUUUCUGCUCUGGAAUUGCUGAUUUUAUUGGAAAAACAGGGCCUUUUAACUGAAAACAAUGUACAGAUGCUGGAGGAAGUCUGUAUGAAUGUUUCGCCUGAUCUCGUGGAAACAGUAAACUGCUACAAAAGGGCAAAAGUGUCUCUACCUCAGCAGGAGAACACUCUGCCAGUCAAGGAGUCUUCACUGUCUCACACUGGAGACAUCAGAGUAUUCACUUCCCCACAGGAGACCUCGAUCAAAUCUGUCGGUUCUAAUAUCAAUGAUAACAAAGCAGCUAAUCUUACACAAGGCUUCUCUGAAAUGAACCUGGAGCUGCCUGGAGAAUUCAGCAAUGUAGAAAAUGAAUCCAAGAAGAUGACAAGCUACAAAAUGGAUGGUCCACACAGAGGAUUUUGUCUUGUUAUUAAUAAUGUUAACUUCGAUAGGUCUCUUCAGGAGAGGAAGGGUUCUUGCAAAGAUGCUGGGGAACUAGAGCGAGUAUUCACAUGGCUUGGUCUGGAUGUGAGGACUUACACAGAUCUGACAUCUCGGGAGAUUAAAGAUCUCAUGCGAACUUGGCAGCAUUUGCAAGAUCACAAAGACAGGGACUGUUUUAUAUGUUGUAUUCUAUCUCAUGGAGAAUCAGGAGCGAUCUAUGGGAAAGAUGAGGAACUUGUAUCAAUCCGCAUGAUCAUGUCUCACUUCACUGCCAAACAAUGUCCACAGCUGGCUGAAAAACCCAAACUCUUCUUUAUCCAAGCAUGCCAGGGUAAAGAGAUACAGUGUCCUGUCUAUGUUGAAGCUGAUGCACGAAUUCCUGACUUGUCUUCCAUGCAACAGAGCGUUUCUCCUUCUGAAAGUAUUCCUGAAGAGGCUGAUUUCCUCCUAGGCAUGGCCACAAUUGAUGGAUAUGUCUCUUUCCGGCACAUUCAACAGGGUGCUUGGUAUAUUCAGGCCCUGUGCAGCAAGCUACAGUUGUUGGUACCAAGGGGUGAAGAUAUUUUGUCGAUUCUUACAGAAGUUAAUGAAGAUGUGGGCAGACGUGUUGACCGCUUGGGGACAAAGAAGCAGAUGCCCCAACCAGCAUAUACCUUAAGAAGAAAAUUUAUAUUCCCAAUACCUAGAGACCCUCCUCCUUCACAGCAACGUUGA